AUGUUUUGGCUGUUGUUUCUCGAUUUUCUGACAACUCGAAUACUGGCUGAGCCACUUCCCAUCGAACAAUUGAGAUAUGUGGCAGUGCUAUUUCGUCAUGGUGAGCGCGGUCCGCUUUUCGAUUUCUCUAGCAACAAAGCUCGAAGUCAUUUCAAGAACAAAACAGGCCAAUUGACAGAGAAAGGGAAGCAACAAGCCACUCAAUUCGGCGAGUACCUCAACAAACGAUACUAUGAUGGAAAAGGAAAAGCUUUGAUCACAAAAAUCCACUCAACGAACAAGUCGCGAUGUCUGGAGAGUGGAGAGUUGAUCUUGAAGACGAUUUUUCCCGAAAAUUCAACAAUCCUCAAGCCAAAGAUUGAACUUUUUGCGCAAAAUGAUAUCGACUGGGUAAUUUGCAUUUAUGAAUUCGAAUUUAAGAUGAUCAAAAUGUUUUAUGUGUUGCAAUUACCCGUGAACGAGUGCCAAAAACAAGUGACAGCGCUGAAGAAAUGGUGUCCCGGGCUGAAGAAUGCGAGCGAUUAUGUGAAAUACGACGAUCUUGCCGCUGAGCUGUUGAUGUGCACACGAGAGUUCAAGAGCUCAAAAUUUUUCACGAAAUCUUCGGAUAUCGUGCAAAUCGAGGCGCUUGUGGCCGAGGUGAAUGCGGGUUUAAUUGCGCCGACUGCAGAAACGUUUGAAGCCGAGAAAAUCAUGCAAGGAAUGCACGAACUUUCUGAAGGCUACGGGGCAUAUGUAGAGGAUGUGGUCGCGAAAACCUCGUCCGGACAAUUAAUUUCAAUCCUCUACAAUGAGGUGAUCGCCGAGCGAAACGAAACUUUGGUUCACUUUGUUUCAACGCAAGAUUGGAUCAUCGCGAGUUCAAUGCAAAUCCUAGGCGUUUCCGACUUUUUGCAACACAGAAAUCCGCCUUAUCUGUCAUCGCUUACUGUGGAGGCUUGGGGAAAGGGAGAAAGGGGGAAAAUCAAGAUCUUCUACCAAAUGCUGAAUGCUACCGGAACGAUUCAACGAGUCAAAGAGCUGGCUUUAGACGAAUUCACGAGAAGAUUCUCGUAUUUGAAAGAUUUCGACGUAAAAGAGUACUGUAAAGAA